UCUUGAGACGUAGAUCCUUCUUGUGAAGCCAAAAUCAAAACUUGUCGAGUUGUUUUCUGUUCAAGAGCUCUCUCUUCCUGCUCCGCAAUUGAUUCUAGGGUUUAGGAUAUUAAAAAUCUGUGCUUUUCUUCAUCCGAGAAGAAGAAAGAUGUAUGCUGAUAGAUUGGAGUCUGAGUCUGGAAGCAGGAACACGGUAAAGGAUCGAAUCAAUGGAGGCUCUGGCGAUAACUCUACUCGCUCCCGACAAGUGACUGGGAAGAGGCAAAGGCAGGACGACAAAUGGGAGCAUGAUCUUUUCAGUAGUGACAAACCUCAACUCUCAAGUCGUCGCAGAGUUGAUUCUAGAGAUCUUCGCCUGAAGCUCCAGAAGAGAGAUGAUGGGUCUCAAAGUGGGCGAGGAGGUGGUUCUGGCGUGCGGGAUUUGCGUGAGAAGCUCUCUGGGACGAUGACUGUGCAACCGAAGAACAGUGACCCGCUGAAAUCUAAAGUGGAGGCUGCUGCUAGACCAAGCAUGAAGAGUGUAGCGACUGAUACUGAAACAGAUAGAAAAGCUUCAAGUCAAGCUACCAGGAAGAAAUCACAGCAGGCUGGUGGAUCGGUUGAUAGCUUUCUGGAAUCGUUGGGUCUCGAGAAGUAUUCGACAGCUUUCAAAGUGGAAGAGGUUGAUAUGGAUGCUCUCAUCCAUAUGACAGAUGAUGACCUCAAGGCUAUGCUUAUACCAAUGGGCCCAAGGAAGAAGAUACUUCUUGCUUUGGGAUCCAAACGCUGAUAGUCUAGUGUCUUUUGCAUAACGGCUUCAAGCUCAGCUGAAACGGUCUCCGGAAGUCGGUUACAUUAAGCUAUUUUCGAACUGAUUCCGGAAUUGUCUUUUCUUUUUUCUCGUAUUUUUUUAUGUAUCUGCCCAUUUCAAGAGCUUAGAAUUUUGGCGGUACACAUCUGUAAUCGUAGGUAUAGUGAAACAAACACUGCCGGUUUGCGCCA